UUGCCGGUCAUGGCCGCGAGUGAAGUUUGUUCGUUCGGAUCCGCAGGCGUUCGCAGCGUACUGUAUGAGAACGGGAGAGAAUUCAGCAGGGGAGAAACUGAAAACAAACAUCUGAGGGAGUUGCUCGAACCCGACCAUCAUCGGAUUUUCAACAUGGAAGGAGAAAGUGCUGUUUGCAGUGGAGAGAAACCGUACACUUGCCCCACGUGUGGACAAGGCUUCAGCCAGUCCUCAGGUCUGUCUAAACACAAGCGCAGGCACACUGGGGAGAAAUCCUGGAAAUGCGGGGACUGUGGGAAGGGAUUCAAUUACCCGUUCGAGCUGGAAAUUCACCGGCGCAGUCACACCGGGGAGAGGCCGUUCGCCUGUUCCGAGUGCGGGAUGGGAUUCUUUACCUCGUCCAACCUGCUGAAACACCAGAGAAUCCACACCGGGGCCAGGCCAUUCACCUGCUCCGAGUGCGGGAAGGGGUUCUCUACCUCAUCCCACCUCCUGAAACACCAGCGAACACACACCGGGGAGAGGCCGUUCACCUGCUCCGAAUGCGGGAAGGGAUUCACUCAGUCGUCCACCCUGCUCACUCACCAGCGAGUCCAUACCGGGGAGAGGCCAUUUACAUGCCCAGACUGUGGGAAACAUUACAAAAGCUCCUGGGAACUGACGUCUCAUCAACGUGUGCACACUGACGAGAGACCAUUCACGUGUUGUCACUGUGGGACUGGGUUCAGGCGGUCCUCCGAACUCACUGUCCACCAGCGAAUUCACACUGGGGAGAGGCCGUUCACCUGCACUGAGUGUGGGAAGGGGUUCACCCGUUCCUCCCACCUACUAACACACCAGCAGGUUCACAAGGAACUAGACAUUUCUCUGACUGCUGUACUCCUGACAUCGUUCCAACUACAGGCACCAACAGGAGAUUUGAAAUUUGGAAAUGAAAUUAUUUCAGAGGGUCGCUCGGUUGAAGGUCACCGGGCUUUGAGCAUGGAGCUGGAGAGCACGUCGGUGCAGAAACCGCACGCGUGCUGUGUGUGCGGGCGAGGCUUCAGGCGAUCGUCCGACCUGUCCCGGCACCGGCGCGGUCACACCGGCGACAGGCCGUUCCCUUGCUCCCAGUGCGGCAAGGGCUUCGCUCGCUCGUCCACCUUGCUCAGGCACCAGCAGGUUCACACCGAGGAGAGACCCUUCCGGUGCCCGGACUGCGGCAAACGCUUCAAGAGCGGCGGGGACCUGGCCUCCCACCAGCGCCUCCACUCGGACCGGAGGCCUUUCCCGUGCCCGGAUUGCGGGAAGGCCUACAGGAGUUCCAGCAAUCUCCGGUCCCACCGGCGCGUCCACCGAGAGGCCAGGCCGUUCGGUUGCCCGGACUGCGGCAAACGCUUCAAGAGCGGCAGCAACUUGACGGCCCACAGGCAGGUCCACACCGACCGGAGGCCUUUCCCAUGCCCGGAUUGCCUGAAGAGCUUCAAAGGUCCCGGGGAGCUGAGCCGCCACCAGUUGGUCCACACCCAGGACAGGCCUUACCCCUGCCCCGAAUGCGGGAAGAGCUACAAAAGCACCGGGAACCUCUUGGCCCACCGUAGGCUUCACACCGACGAGAGGCCCUUCCGCUGCCCGGAGUGCGGCGGAGCCUUCAGAAGCUCUGGGGAGCUCACGUCCCAUCGAUGCACCCACACCGAGGAGAGGCCCUUCCGCUGCCCCGAAUGCGGGAAGAGCUACAAAAGCACCGGGAACCUGAUGUCCCACCGGCGCUCACACACGCAGGAGAGGCCCUUCCAGUGCGCCGGCUGCGGGAAACGCUUCAAGAGCUCCGGGGAGCUGGUUUCCCACCGGCGGGUCCACACCGACGACAGGCCCUUCCAAUGCACCGACUGCGGCAAGAGCUUCAAGAGCUCCGGCGAGCUGAUCCUCCACCAGCGGGUCCACACCGACGAGAGGCCGUUCCGGUGCUCCCGCUGCGGCGCCGGCUUCAGGCAGUCGUCUCAUCUGACCACCCACCAGCGGGUUCACACCGGGGAGAGGCCGUUCACCUGCGCCAAGUGCGGGAAGGGCUUCACCCGGACCUGUUACCUCCUGACACACCAGCGGGUCCACAAGUGACCUGCCAGGGUCGGGGUCUGGCUGUUAAUCGCACCCACAACACAACCGCUGCCUCCUGGGGGUCUUUCCCCCACUGUUGUUUGUGACCCUCCCCCAGCUCGGUUUUCAACGUUAA